GCAGCUUUAGUCAUUUACCGAAGACCGGUCUUCCAGAACCAAAGCGGCAAAAACUCACAGAUCAGAGAUUAGAAUCCUCUUCAAUCAGAUGGCGACAGGCUCUGAACUAACUACAAAAAAGCUCGAGCUUCAGAAGCUCUUGCCGGGUCGCUUUCCUGUUAUCCUGGUCGAAAGGUUUCAAAACUGGGGCAUGACACAGGAAAUGAACGUUCUCUCAGUCAGACCGAAGAGUGUUAAAGAAGUUGAACAAGUCAUUGACGCAAUGAAUCGUUACAACGAGGCCAGAAAGGGUAAAAAUGAACCACUACUCUCUAUCCGCUGCGUUGGUGAUGGCCAUUCUUGGUCUCCUCUCUUCCCUGACGAUGGAAAUGUUUUGAUGUAUACAUCCGAACUUGUCCUGGAGGGCGGAGAACGCAUACGUCUGAACGAGCCCCCAAGUAAAGAUGAAGACAUCACAGUGACCAUUGUGCCUGGUGUAACUACUGGAGACCUAAGCAUGUUCUUCAAGAAAAACAACGUGUGUUUAAAAUCCGAUGUCAUCCUGGACAAAGUGACUUAUGGUGGAGUGAUUGCAACCGGUUGUCACGGUGUAGGUAAAGAUCAAAAGUCGGUCUCGGAUAAUGUGACGGGAAUGUCUAUUGUGGGCGCGGAUGCAAAGGAAAUGACGUAUGACUUUGCAGGAAUCACAGACCUUGACAGAGCAAACUCUUUGAAGUGCAACCUGGGUCUGUUUGGUAUCAUGACCAGCAUAACUAUGGUGGUGGAGCCGAUGGUCGUAGUGAAAACGGAGAAUGAUUUCAGCCUCACAGUUGAAGACGUGUUCUACAAUUGCAAUACUCUUCAGAGGCUGCACGACGAAAACUGGUCCGUCGAAAUCUUUUGGUUUCCUUUCAAUAGUCUGAAAUGGGCUUCCUUGAUGUAUAUCGGGUUAGCCAAAGUAAUUGAAGAUUGGCCCAUAAUCCCUGACUUCGUCUUGAAGAGGUUAGUUUCAUGGGAUCCAAAGAAAGACAAGCUGUGGAUAAGGAAAAUAAAUAUUACCAACGUGCCUCCGGAACCUUGCCCCACUGAUGUGGAUUAUGCUAUUCAGGACAUAAAGGGACUGGCAUCUACUGGAUUUGGGAGAAUUGUAUCCAAGCACCUCAUUGAACACCCGGCAUUGGUACCAUCCUUUCUGAAGGUGGGAUUCGAAUUGGUUCAACGUUUUAAUGAGGGCACCAGGUUCGAGGCCAUCAAUAAAGCCAUCCAUUACCAGAGUUUCAUUGAGAUAAUGCCUGUUGUUGACAUGGAGUUUGCCUUUAACGCAUGUUCAAGCACGUUUUCUGCUCAGGCCGAGGCCAUGCAAGUAGUCGUCGAGAAGUGUGAAGAACGGUACAAAAACUUACAAUUCCCUCUGAGUGUCGCCAUGGAAAUGAGAUGGAUAGCAUACAGCGAUUGCCUGGUUUGUCCCGCUAAAGCAGUUCAAAAGGAAGAAGGAUCAGGAGAUACUCUGUAUUUAGAGGUUCUGGGCAUAGCUGGUCAGCAGGAAGAGUGGGAAAGCUUCACUAAGGACAUCGCUGACAUAUGGAUGAAGAUGAAAUUGAAUGGAAAAGCACCUGUUCCUCAUUGGGCCAAACAAUGGAGUUACUUAAAUCACAUUGAACGUCAUAUCCAAGAGGCUUAUGGCGAAAACCUGAAGACAUUCCGCGAUCAGGUGACCCCGGAAGAAAAACUGCUUUUCUCGAAUGAGACUCUCGACAAGGCCCUAUUCAAAGACGCUCCAAAGCAGACAAUUCCUGCACAGAGACGAAUGUUAACUAAAGCAUCCAAGACGGAAUCCAAAAUGGCAUUGAUGAUGAAAAAGGUAUCUCAUGAUGAUAAUGAUGCUAAGGUCUUUGAAGAAAUCGAGAAGACAUUAAACAAACACGAGGAGAGCUGGAAAGUGUUUUUCAGAACCCUGGGGGAACAAGUUUGGAAUGUUCCCAACUUCGUUCCUAUGAUGAACAUCCAAAGUGAAUGGGAGUUUACCAAAGGAUUGCUUGAUGAACUGGGUGACAAGGUUAAAGAGCAUCCUAAACUCUGGGUGGAUGCAACUUUGUACCAAGACAUGUUCAUGUAAGGCAAAGCAAGGCUCCUUAAACCAAGAAAGAGAAGACUGAUCAAGAAAUCAAGGGUUAAAUUCCGAGAAUCUUUGUUUUUUUUUAUAUCCUUAGAAUUUAUAGUUAGUUAACGCUAGAAACUUGUAAGUGUCUGUUAGGCUUGGAGAUCCUAGUCCGUUUGUAACUUUUUGUAAUCUAAUUAGCACAGCCUCCCGAUUUUUGUCCCUUACAGUCUAGUUCUGGCCCUUAACUUUCUCACGUAACGCUACGCUCUCUCCCAUGAGCGUAGCGCUGCGUGACAUAGAGAGGGGCCAGAACUGGACUAUUGCCCUUAUGGCUAUAAAAUAGCUCAAUAUCAGGUAUAGAUAGAGUGAUUAUUGAGAAACCACAUUUCCCUGUCUUAGAUUAGCUAAUGCAACAGUUAGUAGAACUGUUGAUGUAAUCUUCGAUUGAACGACGGGAACUGAAAAGCAAAGUACUUUAAUUGUCACAGACGUAGAAAAAUCGACGAGAGGAGAAGCGUCAACCCUAAAACCCCAAGAGCCUCUUAGUUCAAGCUGUCAUUUUUGAAAACAGAACACUGCUGCAACGUUGAGACUAAGCAUUUAGUGCCGGCCUUAAAGAUUAAAUUCCUGGCUUAAAAAGAAAAAAAAAGUCAUUGUUACGGUGACGCUUGAUCCGCAAAACCCUGAGAUAGUCUUAGUUUUCUCGUCGAUUAGCUAGGGUCCUCAAAAUAGUUAGUAUUGCUGCACAUUUUACACAGUUUGAGGUUAGUUUAGAUCAGCUGCUCGAUUAGUCGUUACCUACUGUACUCCUCCUUUUUUGAAAUAAAGUUGUUUCGGUUC